AUGGUAGUUGUUGCAGACAUUCAGCAACUUCAAAUGGAUGGAGAUGUUAUUUUUGGCGGACUUUUCCCCGUUCACAAGAGAAGUACUGUAACCGAGAAUAAAUGUGGUGAAAUAGAUCCACAGCCUGGAUUCCAAUAUUUGGCUGCUAUGCUGUUUGCUCUCCGAAAAAUCAAUCAUGACACCGAAUUGCUGCAGAACAUCACUAUCGGAGCGAAGAUAUUCGACACAUGCCGAAGUCAGACGAUUGCAGCGGACCGUGCAAAGGACAUCAUUAAAUACACGCUUUUGGAUGAACCGACACCUCUCGUUGGAGUUAUUGGUCCUUUCAAAAGCGAUGUUUCCAUAGCAGUGGCGAAUCUGUUGCGAGUUUUUGAAAUUCCUCAAAUAAGUUAUGGCUCGUCGAGCGUGGAGUUAAGUGACAAGGAACUUUAUAGGAAUUUUUUUAGGACGGUGCCUCCUGACUCCUUUCAAGCUCAAGCUCUGGCGGAUGUCCUUCGACAUUAUGGCUGGACGUACGUUCACACGAUCAAUUCGCACGGAAAUUACGGCAGAAAAGGAAUGAACAUAUUUCACAGGGUCGCUCGGCAAUCUGGUAUCUGUACAGCAGAAGUUGAAAGUCUCCCCAGCUUUCCAACUAAAGCAAAUUAUAUGUCUGCUGUUCGAAAGAUAUCACGACACAAAACUGGUCAUGCUCACGUGAUUGUGCUAUUUACAACCCAGACUGACUCGGCUGGUUUGCUCCGUGCAGCUAAGGAGUCUGGUGUACAAGGUCUUACGUGGCUUGGAAGCAGUGGCUGGAGCAAUCGUAUUGACGUCACUGAGGGCAACGAAGAAAUAGCCAAUGGCUCUCUUACAGUUGGACACGGUGAUGGAAUCGUAAAUGAAUUCUUGGAUUUCUUGAUAAACCUAAACAAUACCCUGGGAGGAACUACUUCUCCAAAAGCAAACAAUUCAUGGUUCGAAGAAGUUGUGAAAUCUGUUUUGAAUUGUGAGACUAGAAAUUCGGCAGCUCACUCGCUUACACCAUGCAAGAGCAACCUGUCACUACCGCGUGAUAUAGAACUUGCGCCAGUUCGUGUCGUUGUGAACGCGGUUUACGCUAUGGCGCAUGCUCUUGACGACAUGCAAAGAGAUCUUUGCCCAGAGCAGACUGGAAUUUGCCAGCCAAUGAGAGAAAGACUGAAAAAAAGAAGUCUCAUGGAUUACUUGAAGAAUGUAACAUUCCCAGACUCAUCGUUUAACAUGAGUUUGAAAUUUAAUGAGAACCAAGAAAUGGAUGGUAUCUAUAGCGUCUUAAAUUUCCAACAAAGGAGAGAUGGCUCAUGGAAAUUUGUCCGGGUUGGGGCAUGGAAUUAUCUUGUAAAUUCUACCAAAGACAUAAAAGGUGAACUGAGAAUUGAUGAUGCUCUUAUCUCAUGGGGAAAUGCCGUAACACGUCCGCCUUAUUCAUACUGCAGUGACUCCUGUACCUUAAAGCAAAUAACAAAGCCCAAAGCCCUCAACCCGAAAUGUUGUUGGAACUGUAUAUCCUGUGAAGUUAAUGAAGCGAUCAUAAACAACACUUGCAAAGCGUGUGACCUUGGUUACAAACCAGACUCGAGUUUACAGAGGUGUGUAAAACUUGAACUUUCUCAUCUUCAGUGGAAUGAUCCGAUAUCAACUUCACUAAGGUUACUCGCGGGAUUCUGGAUCUUCAUUGCCAUAGGAGCGUUUGCGUUCUACGUCGUUAAACGCCAUGACAGUGUGAUUAAAGCAGCGGGAAGGGAACUAUCUUUUUUCAUAUUCAUCGGAAUCGUUUUGUGUUAUACGGCUUCCUUUGUUUGUUUGGCCAAGCCUACCGAUUUUAUAUGCGCACUUCGUCGUUUCAUUGGAAGUACGUGCUUCACCGUUUGCUACGCGCCAUUACUAAUGAAAACAAAUCGUAUUUAUCGUAUAUUUAACCAUGCCAGGCACUCAGCAGCGAGACCGUCUUUAAUAAGGCCCAUGUCCCAGGUCCUCAUCUCCUUGGGGCUCAUUGCAGUACAGCUUCUGGUUACCACAAUAUGGACUCUUUCGGACCCACCAAACGCCACCGUGAUUUACCAUUCGCCUCUAGAAGCCUCGCUCAUUUGUAACGUUAGCGGCCUUAGUCUUGCUGUUAACAUGUCCUAUAACCUACUCCUAAUGUUUCUUUGCACUGUGUAUGCCUUCAAAACUCGAAGUUUUCCCAGAAAUUUCAACGAAGCAAAACACAUAGGUAUCACGUUGUACAUAACGUGUUCUUUAUGGAUCAUAUUUUUACCAACGUACUUCAACGCAGGAGCGUCUUCUUGGAGGGAUUACGUUUAUUGUAGCCUCUUCAUUUUGGUCGGCUGUGUUAGCCUUGUAGGACUGCUGCUUCCUAAGGUUGCCAUUAUUGUCCUAGCUAAACUAUCCAGAGAAAGAGUCCAUAUAACUGAUGAUUUGCUUGAAGAAAAAAAUGAGUCAACCACUGAUUCUUCGAAAAAAACAACCACCUUUCUAAGUCUUGGUUCUUCUUCACCAUUGCCAAACACCAACACAAGACGGCUAAAUCCCACGAGAAUAACGCAAGACAGUGAUGCAUUCGUUAUGAACUGAAUAGCAGGUUACUAUGGUUACUAAGAACAGUAAUAUACUACCUUAACUACUGAGAGAAAAAUGAGAAAAUUCUUUGAUUAAUCAAAAGGUGAAUUUUUUGGGGGUAAGAAACUGAAUCAAUAACCGUUACAGUUACAUUUUGCGUAUUUAAACGUUUCAAGUCAAUUUAGAACUGAUCAAUACAGCCCUUCCAGACAAAAUGGAUUUCGUAAGGCACAGAACAGAGCUCAUCUCUCUGUUUGUAUUUUCUAAGUUUACUUUUAAUCAGUUUCUCACUAAUGCAUGUCAUCUUCAAACUUGUGACUGCAUAAAUUCCGUACUGCCUUACGUAAAAGUAAACUGUUUCGAAUGGAUUCUCGAUUGAAACCGCCCGGUAAGUGCCUAUCGGCAAAAUGUUUCAAACAACUGUAACUUAACUUAAGUCCUCCAUCAAAUUGAAGUGCAUUUGAUCAAUUCGUCAACUUAAGAAUUAUGCGCAUAUCAUUUUAAUCUGUUUGCUUAAGUAUUUCCAUAGUGAUAUAAUUUAUCAACUAAAGUUUAUUAAUUUUCUAUAGGUCGGCGUUGGAUUAUAUUACGUAUCACUAAAAUGCAUUAUUUAAUAGGGUACUUGUAAUCAUUGAUGACGUUUAAUUCUAAUUAACAUGACAUAAUCAAAAUAUUUGGGUCAGCUUUCCUUACUUUAUGCCGAGUUACUGAAAACCAAUAUUUAUUAAAUAUCGCAGCUAUCACAAAAAUCUAUCUUUCACGAGCGGUGAAAGAUACCAGCAGUGUUUCUCACUAUUAUUAUUAAUUUAUUUGGAUUUUUAUUUUAAUGGAAGCGGAAAAUUAAGACAAAGAAAACUUUUUUUUUCCGCAUUCAAUCAAAUAGGUUGGCUUUAUAUGUUGGUGCAGAUCAGUGCAGUGUGAAGUGAGUGUUUUGGAGCGCUGGUUGCGUUGAAUUCAGAUAUGAAGAGAGUGUUGUUGCUCCUUAUUUUUGCUGUCAAUAAUGUGGCAGUUACAUCGUAUAUAUUUGAAACGCCAGAAGUAGCAAGACAAGGUAAAAAUCUUCUUUUUUCUUGUCUUUUUUUUUUUGUCAAACGCUUACACGAUUGACAGCUUUGGUGCAUGAGUAACCUUUCCACGUAUAGCAAAAGCAGAAAACUCUAAGUUUGCACAAGGCUCGUGCAUCCUAAUUUUUUUUUUUCGGAUACCCUUGUCGAGGAUUUUUCCAUUCAAUUCUACGAUGGCCAUUAAUCCUUCCGCUUCACUUCCAAUAUCUGAAACCAACCUCUCCCAACGGAUGUAAACUCGUUACUUUGUUGCGAAUAACUGAGAAUUCGGUUUUUCCAUCAAAACACUCUAUCUCAAUAUCAGUCGAUAAAAAUGUUUAACAUCCAGUCCAUGCGACAAUGCGGUGAGAUAGUGAGGCGAUUUAAGUGAAAAGGUUAAACAGCUGUCGAUGCAGCAAGUUACUAAAACGACUAAACAUGCAUUAUGUGUUUAAUAUAAAAUGCUACUCAACACACGGGGGCUUUCAUAUCCCAACAGAGUAUUUCGUUUAAAAGUCAUCUGUACAGGGAAAAUUUUAAUGGCUACAACUAAAACUUUUAUCAUCAUUUCGAAAUAAUAUUAUUUGAGAUAGCGAAGAUGAUGAAACAUGUAGUGGACUACGUCAUGUCAAUGGCUUUUCCCUUUACUUGAACUUUUGAAUUUCAAACAAGACAAAGAAGUAAUCAAAGGGCGUAUCGGUUGGUUGAUCUCAUUCAGAGAAAGCGGAAUUUUUUCAGGCCCCCAGGGAUGGAAGCAUGAGUCUUUUCUUCUCUCAAACCGGAAAAAAUGACCCCAAUUUGACCACAAUAUCCUUAAAUCAUGACCGACUGAAUAUUUUUGCGAUACUCUAAAACGUUUCACUCAUGCAGUAAGAUAGCUUUCAAUGUGUUUGUAAUGGUUUGUCGGUGAUGUUAGUUUGAGUUAUCGUCAGGACUCAACUGUACGAAUGCGAAUUUACCCUUCUUAAAGAUUUCAGGGGAUUACCUUUUCUCUGUCAUCACUGUAAUAACCAGCCCAAUUAAAUUAACUCCGACACCUUUUCUUCAAACUACUAACUUAAUAGUUCUGUAUAUAAAGUCACAGCCCAGAAGUCUAGUUAAAUACAUAUAGCCAGGUUGCCUUGCGCAUCUGACCGCAUAACAGAUAUCAGUUUUCUCUUUUAGUGAACGUCAAACAUGCAGUUGUGCAGGGUUUGGUCCAGUUUCUUUUUCUUUCGUUUGUUUUCCAAUCUAUUUAUGAGCCAGUCGCGGAUCAAAAUUUUUUAAAAUCUUAAGAAUAAGUGAGUUGGUGGCUGGAGAAAGUGUAACUUUGUUAGUUGGAACAUAAACACAUAUACAUGAAGGUUUUGAAUGAACUAACUUGCUCCCCAUCAGAGCUGAGUCUUCGCGAUAAGCAAGUCCUGUUUUUGAAACUGUCCUUUAGAUCAACAACAAAAACAAAACAAAAGCAAACAGGCAAACAAACAAACAACAAACAAAAAAAAUUAUGAGAAACGAGUAAUAUAAUGGUGGAACUCCGCUGCUGUUUACAUAACGAAAAUUUAUUGCAUGACAAUAUCUUAUUUUGAUGACGUACAAUUUCCAACUCGGAAAAAAGCUCAGGAUGUGAAACGUCAAACGAAAUUCUCUACAAGACAAAGUCUGCUGACACAGAUAAUUUUUUCAGUAAAUAAGAUUUAAAUUGUAUAAUUUUUUUAAAAAAAUUUCAAGCUUUUCAAAUGAUUAUGGGAUAAUUGAGCCGGAAAAUGGUUAGAGUUCUAAAAUGUAAUUGCAAAAAAAAAAUACAUAAAUAAACACUAAGAAAGUGCGUCAUUUAAUCAAUGCAUUACGCCUCGUUUUUAAGUGUACUUUGCGUUUAUUAUAAGGGGCAGUGACGUUAUCAAAAGCUCAGGAAGGGCAUGAACUUUUGAACGGUCGCGAAAACCUUGUACAGUUUGGCUAGCCUUUAUAUCGUACUUCUGGAACGUAAAUGAAAGUCUCUAUAUUCCGUGCCGCUGACUUCCUGAGUCAACUUAACAAACCCCGAGUGUUCCGGUGUUAUUUACUUUCUCGUAAACACCGAGUAACUAGGUAUGAACACUGAUUGUUGCCAACAAAACCAGAGAAAAAGCACAAGACAAAAGAAAGUAUUUUUUUCCGCGUUGAAGUAUUGAAUAUAUUAGAAGAAUCGGACCUACGUGAUAUUAGUUUAUUUAGGCGACGGUUUUAUUUACUAAUACAGACAUGAACUGAGUUGUGUUGCUUGCUCUACCGGCUGUCAACCGUAUGGCAGCCAUGACGUUUAUAGAUAGAGCAUGAGAUCUGACCAGUCGAGGUACCGACACAUUAAGUGGCGUAACAUGCAAAUGUCCAUAGAAAUAGAUGUGCACUUCGCUAUUGGAGCUAUUUCACAGACACCAAGAGAAUAUCAAUAAAGCAGGCACUUUACCGACAUGACGACACAUAAUUAGUUUAGAUAAAUCGAAGGAGGCCUGUUAAAAAUGCUCAUGGCACGCGUAAACGCAAGGGCAGUUUACUGUUAAAAUGGUCGAGGAACUGAAUGCAGUACAUCCAGAGCCACACCGGGAGUAGUCUAGAAACAGUGUUAGCUGGACUCGAACUUGCGGGACCACCGGAACGAGGGCCUGCGGAUAAUAACUUCUCAAAGAAUGGCAUUUUUUUGUACUUAUUCCAUAACACCGAGAGAAAAACAGAAAGUGAUUUUUAAAUCAAUUUCAUUACAGAAGCUGCAAGACAAAACUGGUAGUUUCGGAUACGUUUGCACGUGCUGACAGUAAGACUCUAAUUACGCAAAGUCUGACGACUUUUCCGGAAUCAUUUGCCAACAGGAAAUGUAUUGAGCCUUCGUACUGUACCCCACUAGAGCAUGAAGGUCUUAUUGGUGUCGUUAACAAAAAUCCACAGAUUAAUAAAACAACAGAUCAGAGGAUUGGAAGUUAUUCAAAUUGGAUUCAUCCUUUCAAGAAUCUAUUUAAUUUUGUUAUGGUUUUCUAAUUCAACCGAUAUUAUGAAAUAAGGAAGCCAUUUUUCAUAUUUUUGAAAUUCAGUAAUAAACCUUUGCAGUUUCUUUGGUUUAAUUAGCGUUUUUUAUACUUUCAAGAGAUAUAUAAGCCAAACUAUCGUUUGAGUGUUCAUUCAUCAACCAAAAUAUGUUAAUUGGAAACCACAAAAGAAAUGGACAAAUAUUUAUCAAAACCUGCUCUAUUGGACAUGCCUGAUUCCUCGAUUUAGGAUACCAUUUUGAGAAGAAGAUUCGCCUGAUAUUAUUAUCAAAUCAUUUGAAGCUUUGCGCUUUCUCGUUUCUUUAGAGCGGCUAAUGCGGAAACAUUUUACGCUGAUCAACGUCAAUAAAGACUUUUGCAUGAUGCUAUUUACAGAGUAACAGUAUUUUCAUCCAUGUAUUGAUUGACGCCACUCAAGCGGAUAUCACUCAUAAAGUCACCUCAGUCGUUAGAUAAAUAGCAAAAUUCCACCUCUAAUUUCUUCAAAAAAUUAAUCAUUUGCCACAGGUGCCAUCAUUUUUUUGAUAAUGGAGUUGUCUUGCAGUGAUUUACCCAAAAGUAAAUUUUACAUGUUGCAGAAGUCCUAAAUUUUUCCAGCGUUAGUAAACGCAAUUUACCUUCGCGAACUCGUUAUACAGACUACAGAGAUUAUAUAUCAUUUCAUUUAUUUACAUAUCAGAGAUCAAAUCCACAUGAUUCACUUCAUAUACACUCAUAUGCAUUUUUAUCCCUAUUUCAUGGAAGAGCUAGAUGAUAUACUAGUCUGACUGGACGUAUUAUUUAGUGCACAUGACACAAGCUCCAAUGCCCCAAACGUAGUUAGGGCCUCUUUAACCCUGGAGAUUUAACUGAGGCCCUCAACGAAAGAUAAAAUAUCAUUUCUAUUAAUUGAGUUAUGGUUGAAAUAGUGAUACCAGUGUAAAUCAUGAUCAGUUUGAUGCAGCUAAUCAAUAGGCAUGCAACUUAGAAAAUUUUCAUCAAGUCCAGAACGCACAAAUCCAAGUUGGCCCUUUACCAUAAAUGCAAUUAAGAGCUGACUGAAAUUCUAGGGAUUACUGAAAACAGCCUCAUCGAGAACAUGUUUGUCUGAAAGGGCAAUUUUCAUCGGUGCUAAUUUUAGAUGUGAUCAUCCACGAGUAUCAAAUUUAUGCCAAAGCUAUUCAAAGUCAAGGUUAUAGAGUUCUUAAGGUAAAAGAACCUAUUGAUAAACAAAGCAAAGCAAGUAGGAACAAAUAUUCGUUACAUAACAUUGCGGAAUAUUCUGUCACCAUCAUUUGGCCUCAGUUUUCCAAUUUUCACAUCACGCUUAUGUCAUGCAAAUAUAGAUUUCAAUAAAAUAACUAAAGGAUGACGAGGAAAAGAACGAUGUACUGAUAGAGCGGAAUGAGUGGAUGGAUGGAUAGAAAGCUAGAUAGAUAAAUAGAAAGUUAGAUAGAUAGAUAGAAAGCUAGAUAGAUAGAUAGAUAGAUAAAUAGAUAGAUAGAUAGAUAGACUAGUGAAUGGAUGAAUCAAAUAAUUGGAGCUCAUACUUCUGAUCUUCCAAUUGUUCACGCACCAAAGACGUUGCAAUAACUGUAAUGGCCAUGAUUGCCUUCACAUAUUCAAGUUUCUCCCCUUUUUUAACUCGUGAAUUGCGCGCAUGCGCAAGAGCGAGUUAUAGAUACCAUGUGGGGAAUGGCAUUCGCUCGCUCGCUCGCUCGCUCGAUUGGUCGAUUCCUGUAAACUUUUUUUAGAUUUUAGGCUUUUGAGUGCAUUUGAUAGUUUUUAGCGAACAGUAAACAGAAGAAAUGGCGACCUUUGUUGCUAAGAAUAGUGGUGGGGUGAAAAAGAAGCCAAUGAUAAUCUUAAAAGAGUUUUUCUUUUCGUUUUAGUUUCAACAAGCGGCGCCAGCGACUGGCAGGCAUGCAAGGAUUCACACUGAAAUAACAGAACAACCUUCGUUUUUCAUAAAAUUGUAAUUUACAAUCCUUGAACUCGAAAACAAUCCGAAGAUUCAUUGAAAAUAUUACUUACUGCGAAGCGCUCGAAGUUUACAGAUGUUCAAAAGCUUUUUCUAUUAUGGCGUGAGAUUGAGGACAAAAUUGAUCAUUACGUUUCGUCGCGUGUGUUUUUCCUGUGUGAAGCAACAGAAGAUGCCGGCGACUGACGAAAUUACAAGUUAACACGAAAAUCAGAUAACACCUAAACAAACAAUUUUAGCUACCGAUGUUCAGUGAAUUUUUAAAGAACAGUUUUCUUUUAAGUUUAAAGACAAUUUGAAGAUUCAACAUACAUACAACGUACUAAAAUGCGAAAGUUACACACCACAAAAUUGAUAAAUAGGCCUGAAAUGAAAUUCUAUCUUGUUAUUGAUUAUACGUUGCCUAGCACGUGACUUAAAUCUACCCAGGCGGAGAUCCAAAAUGACGGUGGCAGGCUUGGCUUAGUUAUAUCACUCAAAACUCGUUCCAGUUUGUCUGAUUUGAUAAAGAGGGAAUCGUUAAUGUUUUCAUUAAGACAGUAUUGCCUUGAUUUUCUAAUAUUUAAAAUGAAAGACAGUACAUUUCACUUUUCACCCACAUUUACUUCCAACCUUUUCUUUUGAACCAGAAACAAGAAUAAUAGACGUUUAAAACACAUGACAUCAUCCACCUUGUCAAAUGUAAUAGCAUGAUCAUUUCAAUUGUAAUGCCUUCUUAUCCCAACGUUACUUUGUUUCUUUGCUACAUUAGCGAAUGCUGAACUACUGCUCGUACUCUAGAUAUGACAAUCAACCACAAAAUUCCCUAAACCAGAUAACAUUAAACAUCAUGUGUCAAAAUCAUGUGUCAAUUCACGAGUUUACUCACAGAGCACUUUGAUUUUAAUGAACAAUCAAGAUAUAGGAACCGAUGCUGUCAGAGACGAGCGAGCUGAUCCACUUGGAGAUCGGGCUGAAUUUCUCUUUGAUGGUCCAUCUGGUGAGGGUCCGAGCGAAGCUUCAGGAGGUAAGAAAGAUGAAGCCCCAGUCUAAUGGUCAUGGUAGUCGAUGAAAUUUCCAACUAUCCCAUACAAUAUAAGGAAGAAAAUCGUGAUUUCCAUUAGUUUACAGGUACCACAGAGGUAGAAAAAGCUUUUUUCGGGCGCUGAUUGGUCACCUCGGAGGUGAUUGGGAAGUACUAUUCACCUCCGAACCGGCAACCGAACAGACAAAGUCGAGAGUCAAGAAUCUAGUUUCUGACCACUUUCUGCGGUUAAUUGACAGAAAUAAGCGCAGUGCUUUGGUUCUAGUAUGGCAUCUAUCAUCAUUUAUCUCUACUUAGCUGAAUAGUUGUUAACUGCUAUAGAAAACCGUGUAGUUUGGACUAGAUGAUAUAGUGCAAGCUUAUUUUUUCGGACACGGGUUUUCCUUAGAUGGCCGUAGUGCGUAAUGAAGGCCUCAAAAGUAGUCAUCCGGUGGAAGAAUAUAGUUUAGAUAAGAAAUAAUAAGAUUUUGACAUGAAUUGUUUUUUUUCUCUUUUUUAGUUUCCCCGUCGGACGACGACGGUGAGUGCCACUCAUUUCAUUAGAUUAAGCCCCUAAAGAAUUAUAUUUAUCUCUUCAUUAACAUUUUGCAACACCGGUUUAUUUUGUAUAGAGGUCAUUGUUACUUGUGGACAAAACGAGAUGUCCAUCAGCAUUCCAAAGAGCGUUCUUAAUGGCCUGGACGUGGAACAUAUUCGUCUUACUAAUGAAAGCUGUGGAGCAACAGAGAAUCCAGCUCGCGACCGCUACAUUCUUGAGACGGACCUGACAGCAUGUGGUACAACAAAAAGCCACAUCGAGGAUUUCGUGACUUACAUGAAUACGGUGGAGGAGAUUCCCGUGGAGGAUGAUCAGAUAAUCACUCGUGUCCGUGAAGUGGAGAUACCUUUCACCUGCGCUUACUCAGAUACGGGAGUCGUGUCCGCCGUUGGUCUGCAAGUGGAGAGCAAAAAAAUCGUUUUCUCCGAGAAAGGAUUGGGAGAGUUUGUAUUGGAGAUGAAUAUUUUCCCAGAUGAUUCAUAUGAACGUCAAUACACAAAGCGAGAUUUUCCAGUAACCGUGCCGUUGAGGAAAAUUUUGUACGUGCAAGUGAGCGUGGACACAGAGGAUUCGCGGCUUGCGAUUUUAGCAGAAACGUGUUUUGCCACACCCGAUGCCAAUCCCAAUAAACCUGGAUUGAAAUACGUAUUCAUCAAAGAUGGGUAUGAAUAACUUGUUGUCACUUUUUUUCACCCCUGAUAGCUUUAGACUUGGCCUCUCAUGCAGCCUUCGUUCAGGCUCCUAACGUAACAUGCAUGCUCCAUGGAGAUAUGGGUUAUGUGACGAGCCUAAACGCCGAAUUCAAAGGAGUAACUCAACUCUUCUCUGAGAGAAGAGAGGGACAUUUUCCUAUUAAUCAUUCUGUUCCUUUAAUCCUCGCUUUGCAGUAACUGGCUGUUCUGACAUGUUUAGUGCAAUAUCUCAUUUCAAUUUCAAUACUCACUCUUUCACUUAAUAGCUGAUCACCAUUCAAGGCAUUACUACCUUAGUUAAGCAAUUGUCACAUUUACAUGAGCUCAGCAAUGUAUGGUGAUACCGUUUCUUGUUUUUAGGUCAUUCGCAUAUGAAACGUUUUCAAUAUUCAGUUUUGAACGGCUUUGGUAAUAAAGCCGCUCUCUAGAAAAUAACUAAAUUCUGUCCUGCACAAAACAUUUCUAAGAAGCUAUAUGACAGUAAGAUAACCAGAAAUGCAGAAUUUCCCGGAGAUAUCGUUUGACCACUCCUCAAAGCUCCACUGCCACGCAACCUCAUCAUCAGACCUCAGAGGGCGUCAGUUUCAAGAGAUUGACAAUAUGUCUUCCUUUACAGAUGUUCCGAAGACGACACCUUGGAGCGCAGGCAAUCAAAUGAUAAAAGAAGGGAAAGGUUUAGCCUGGAAGCGUUCAAGUUCCUGGGUAAUAAUCCGUUUGUUUACAUGCACUGCAAGGUCAAGGUAUGUGACGCAGACGAUCCCAACUCACGCUGCGCACAGGGCUGUCUGCGUAACUCAAGGCGAAGGAGGUCGCUGUACACUCAGGAAACGAACGAUGAGGAGUAUCUAUUGGCCCAGGGACCUUUCAUGCGGGGAGCAGAGAAAAGCGAUGAAACAGAGUCCCAGGUGGACAUCGAACUGCAUGAGAUUGAAAACAGCAGUAAGUUUUCCUUUACAAAAGCAUUAGAGGGCACCGUAGUGUCUAAUAAAAACAAAGUUUCAAAGUUUCAUAAGGUAGAUCAGCUUUUCAUUUUACCUCGGCGGAAAAAAAGGGUUGCCCAGGAAAUAGCGUGCGCUAAUGGGUAGUGCGCUGGACUUCCAUAUAGAGAAGCUCUAGUUCGAACCCUCCUUGAGUCGUUUUGGUGGCUUCUUGUGAAAAGCAUCUUGCACUCACCAUACCUCUCUCCAGUCACGUUUACAUGAGUACGGGGAAUGGUUAGGGGAACGUUUAAAAGAAGAUAUCUUGGGUAUAGACUACGACCAUAUUCAGAUGAAGUGGCAGUGCUCCUCGUCAAUCAAUGCCAUGGAAACUAAGAUCGGCUACCAUGAGAGAAGCCAUUUGGCUGAGUAACUCCUCCUUGAAAUAAGUUUCUUGCUACGAAGAUACAAAGUAUCUGACAUUAUUAGUGACACUGAGAGAUCUUGUAGAUGAAAGGGAAAGGAAUUUUUAGCAGCAGUUGAAUAAGCCUUGAUUUCUCUCUGUCUCUGUCUCUCUCCCGUUACAAUGAUAUUUCCCACACCAUGUCUUUCUCUAAUUCAAGACUUUGAAUUAAAUUUAAAGGGAUGAGCUUUUCUGCUAACAAAUAGUGAAAAAUAUCCUUUUCCAGGUCAAUUCACCCCUCUUGUUGCCGCUAUGGCUGUUUUUGCUGCUGUCUGUGUUAUGGGUGUGUCGUACUUCGCCUGGAACUUGAAGAGGAAGCGCGGAGUUGUUCGCAGUUAUCAGCUCCUCAGUACCACCCCUGACGAGUGACAACUUCGACUGGGAGGAGCCGGAAAGUCGAGAGUAAUACCUUCAUUAAGAAUUUUUAUAACCGCUACGCUACUUUGACUUUUUAAAUUCAAUUAGUUUGUAUCAAGGAGCAUUUUUUUUAAAGAAGAAAAGAACAAGAAAUUUCACGUGCGCGAUGUGAGAAUAAUAUUGCCAGUAGGAGUGAAUGAAUUUUACCUUUUCGUGUUAAAAAUUGGUUUGCUUUAUAAGUACUAAGGCUAUGUUAUUCUUUCAGCAUUGAAUCACCACACAGCAAGCCGAAAAGUUUGGCUGAUCAUUACGUUACUUAGCACGUUAUACCAUGUUUAUGAAUAGGUGAUAGUAACAGGAGUUUCUUAUGAAAUAAAUCAGGCUCAACCUGCUGACGAUGGUUGACGAUUUAAUCCUUUCACGUUACAUAAAGUUUUUACGCGUUUGUUCUGUGAUACAGCAGUCAACUCUCUCGGAGCGGAUUUUAUGUCAUGCAUGAAACUUGCAUCAACUUCAAUUUGUGACUUGCUUUUAAAAGACACGGGGAGUAACAGCUUAAUUCAUAAGUCGAGCAUAUAAACCUGAAAAUCAUACUGCAUAAAAUGGCACAAUUUGACAUCGAGUUUUUCUUCAUCCACUGGAUAGAGAUUUAUCCUGUCGAUAGCGUUAUCCGACCUUCGAACAACCGGGGCCAGAUCAACAAGGCAUUAUCUCUAGGUUUCUCUUCAACAUGUUUGUCAAGUAAACAAAUGUAAACAGCGUAGCAUGAAAAAUAACAACACGAAAGGAAUCUUAAGUUGCCUACAGAUUUUAAGCUGCCAACAACCGGAUUUUCCUUCUCUUAUUUUUAGCACCACAUACAGAACCACCACCACCGACAUCGUGAAGAUUGAUAAAAUGUAUACAGCUAUGUAUAGGUUUGGAAGGGAAGAGUUUAAGCUUUCAUAUUCUGGGAGAGAAUUAAAACGAUCUAGCUAGCGUUAACUGCAAUUUAUGACAACCCUCGAAUAUAAGACCUCCUAGUGCUCCUUACGAAGUUGUAUAAGCACAAGGCUUGUAACCUGAAGUUCACGGUGUGUCCACACG